AUGACGAUCUCAGUAGCACUGACCUCGUUCAACAUAUCUCUCGGCUUUGGCAAGCAUGUCUACCAGAUCAACCCCGUCAACCUGCCCGCGAUCGGACUCAACGGCAACAUCAUCAGCACAACAUCUAUAACUGCGGCGGUCUGGAGCAAGACUUCUUUUGCGAUGACGCUUUUACGAAUCCAGGACAAGGGAUGGAUGAGGCAUUUUAUUUGGGCAGCCAUCAUCUCCAUGAACAUCCUCAUGGGCCUUAACGCCUUAGCUGCUUGGGUUCAAUGCACUCCGAUCCAAAAGUUUUGGUUACCGCAAACGCCUGGGAAUUGCUGGGAUACCAGGGUCUCAACGUAUUACGGUUACUCCGCUUUGAUGGAUAUCACGCUUGCGAUGCUGCCUUGGAAGAUGAUUUGGGGACUUCAAAUGAAACUUCAAGAGAAGGUUGGUGUAGGCAUCGCCAUGAGUAUGGGUCUAUUUGAACUAGCCAUCUGGGGAACAUGCGAGACGGGCGUCACGAUUGUGGCAGCUUCCAUCCCCGUCCUUCGCGUUCUCAUCCGCGAUGUCGCCACCAGUGCUAGAAAGUACUAUGGUUCUUCCGGAACUCGUACUAACAAAUCCCGGUUUAGCCCUGGAAGCAGCUUGCCGCGAAGUAACACGGUGACGGUGACCUCCGCCCCGCAAAAGGGCUCGAUCCGGAGAAAGUGGGAUAGACUGGCUGACGAUCAAAGCGAUAAGAGCAUACUGGGAGCCGAACCGGAACUGGAGUUCGGCAAGAUCGUCAGGACGAAUGAAAUAGUGGUGGAAUAUGAUACGAGGAGUGAGACUGAAGGAAGAAAUGGGGCUUACGAGAUGCAUCAGAUGGGUCGUGUGAACCCGGACAAUAUGGUAUAA